UGCGCGGUGGGCGUGAUCCGGGCACUUAGGGCAGGAUGAACGCUGCUUUCCAAGAUGGCGACGGAGGGAGGAGGGAAGGAGAUGAACGAGAUUAAGACCCAAUUCACCACCCGGGAAGGUCUGUACAAGCUGCUGCCGCACUCGGAGUACAGCCGGCCCAACCGGGUGCCCUUCAACUCGCAGGGAUCCAACCCUGUCCGCGUCUCCUUCGUAAACCUCAACGACCAGUCUGGCAACGGCGACCGCCUCUGCUUCAAUGUGGGCCGGGAGCUCUACUUCUAUAUCUACAAGGGGGUCCGCAAGGCUGCUGACUUGAGUAAACCAAUAGAUAAAAGGAUAUACAAAGGAACACAGCCUACCUGUCAUGACUUCAACCACCUAACAGCCACAGCGGAGAGUGUCUCUCUCCUAGUGGGCUUUUCUGCAGGCCAAGUCCAGCUCAUAGACCCCAUCAAAAAAGAAACUAGCAAGCUGUUUAAUGAGGAAAGACUAAUAGACAAGUCACGCGUAACCUGUGUCAAAUGGGUUCCUGGUUCGGAAAGCCUUUUCCUAGUAGCCCAUUCAAGUGGGAACAUGUACUUAUAUAAUGUGGAGCACACUUGUGGCACCACAGCCCCCCACUACCAGCUUCUGAAGCAGGGAGAGAGCUUUGCCGUGCACACUUGCAAGAGCAAAUCCACGAGGAACCCUCUCCUUAAGUGGACGGUGGGCGAGGGGGCCCUCAACGAGUUUGCUUUCUCCCCAGAUGGCAAGUUCUUAGCGUGUGUGAGCCAGGACGGGUUUCUGCGUGUGUUCAACUUUGACUCAGUGGAGCUGCACGGUACAAUGAAAAGCUACUUUGGGGGCUUGCUUUGUGUGUGCUGGAGCCCAGAUGGCAAGUACAUUGUGACAGGUGGAGAGGACGACUUGGUGACAGUCUGGUCCUUUCUAGACUGCCGAGUAAUAGCUAGGGGCCAUGGGCACAAAUCCUGGGUCAGUGUUGUAGCAUUUGAUCCCUAUACUACUAGCGUAGAAGAAAGUGACCCUAUGGAGUUUAGUGGCAGUGACGAGGACUUCCAGGACCUUCUUCAUUUUGGCAGAGAUCGAGCGAACAGUACACAGUCUAGGCUGUCCAAACGGAACUCUACAGACAGCCGUCCUGUAAGUGUUACCUAUCGGUUUGGUUCAGUGGGUCAGGAUACACAGCUGUGUUUAUGGGACCUUACAGAAGACAUCCUUUUCCCUCACCAACCCCUCUCAAGAGCAAGGACACAUACAAAUGUCAUGAAUGCCACAAGUCCGCCUGCCGGAAGCAAUGGGAACAGUGUCACUACGCCUGGGAACUCUGUGCCCCCUCCAUUGCCGCGGUCCAACAGCCUUCCACAUUCGGCCGUCUCCAGUGCUGGGAGCAAAAGCAGCGUCAUGGACGGGGCCAUUGCCUCUGGGGUCAGCAAGUUUGCAACUCUGUCUCUGCAUGACCGGAAGGAGAGACACCACGAGAAAGACCAUAAACGAAAUCAUAGCAUGGGACACAUUUCCAGCAAGAGCAGUGACAAACUGAAUCUAGUUACGAAAGCCAAAACGGACCCAGCUAAAACUCUGGGAACAUCGCUGUGUCCUCGGAUGGAAGAUGUUCCCUUGUUAGAGCCGCUGAUCUGUAAAAAGAUAGCUCAUGAAAGACUGACUGUAUUGGUAUUUCUUGAAGACUGUAUAGUCACUGCUUGUCAGGAGGGAUUUAUUUGCACAUGGGCAAGGCCUGGUAAAGUGCCGGCAGAGCAGUUCUGCAGGCAGGAGGACAGAGUGCCAGGUGUUCUCCAAGACCAGAACUAAAGGGCUUGUUGUCAUCCCCAAGCCAGGCCAGUUCUCCAGGUGGGACUGUAGUGUAGCAGCUGCGUGCUGCUCCCUCCCGGGCUCCCCCGGACACGCGUGGACUGAGGGAGUGACAGACGACAACGGAGCCAUGAGCUGCGCUGGAGCCACAUGCAGGCGGCAGGCAGCGGCAGUCUGCAGGGCUGUGUGGAGCUGCUAACCCAAAGAGUUGCUUCCAUUUUUAAGUCAGUCUGUUGGGGCUGCAGUAAAAAAUGAGAAAUGGAGUUUUCUUGCUUUUUACUCUAAAAUUCAAUGUAACUAAAUCCCAUAUAUAAUAUAUAUACAUAUAUACAUAGUGUAAAGUCAAAUGUUUCUUGGACAAGAAACCUUCAAUUCAACUGUUGUGAAUAGCACUUGGCUCUGGUUUUGCACUGAUCUAUUUUAUACCUUAGGUAGUCAUUAGACAGCCUGGGAUGCACUCAUGAAGACAGUUGGCACCUUCUGACUUCAAUACAUACUUCAGAAAGACAGAUGCUGCAAUCAUAGAUUCUAAAAAAUUGUUUGCACUUAAAAUAGUUUAAUGCUAAUAGAAAAUGACUUUGAAUAUGGGGGUAGUGGACUCCCAGCCUUCACAAUGUGGAGUGAAGAAACCCUUUUUAUCUGUUAACAUUUAUUUUAAUACUGUUGUUUCCAAUGCAAUCAAGCCUGUAUUAUAUGUGUAAAUAAUGUAAUUCUGAAGUUGGGAAAUAGUUACUUCACUAGUAAUUUUCAUCAUUUAAGAGUGAUAUUUCUAAUUCACAAAAACAUUAAUAUUAAAAUUAUCUUGAAUAUAC